AUGUGGGAGUGCGACUUCAAGACGUACCUCGUUAAUAAUCCUGAUAUAGUCGAAUUUUUGGAAAAUCACGUGGUAAAAAAUGAGCCCCGAAACGGCUUCUUUGGCGGACGUACGAAUGCCAUCAAAUUGUACCACAAGACCGAGGACGAUGAAGAUAUAAGAUACUUGAAUGUAUGUUCCCUGUACCCCUACGUCAACAAGUACGCGAAAUACCCUGUAGGCCACCCUCGUGUACUUCUAACUCCCGAAGAACUUCGUUGUGUCAACCUUAAUUCCGUGGAAGGCAUGAUCAAGUGCACGGUACUUCCGCCCCAAGACCUCUACCACCCCGUGCUUCCAUACCGUUGUCACGGAAAGCUCAUGUUCCCUCUGUGCCGUAGAUGCUGCGAAACAAUGCAUCAGGAUGAAUGUGAGCACACUGAAGAGUUCAGUGGCACGUACGUGGCCGAUAAAAUGCGUAAAGCCAUUUCCUUGGGGUACGUAGUGGACGACAUACAAGAAGUAUGGGAGUAUCACACAACGAUAAGGACAAAGCACGAGUGCUGCAGUGGCUGGCCUGCAUGGUGUGUUGACGAGGAGGCAUGUACGCAGUACUUGACUGAGUACCUGGAGCACGAGGGAAUUCAACUUGACCGGACAAAGAUCGCAGUAAACGCCGGGCUAUUCCUAAAUUCCUUUUUGAGAAAGUUUGGCCAACGCGACAAUCUGACGGAAACGGCCAUAGUAUCAGAAGCUGAGCAGUUUUUCCAGAUGCUCACGGAUCCGUCCAUGGAAGUCAACUCAAUCAUUACCGUGAACGACGAAACCCUAAUCGUCAAAUGGACCCUCUCCGAAGAAGCCGUCGAACCCCUGAAGACCACCAAUGUGCUGGGUGAACGAAUCUUGUAUUUUGACACUGAUUCGGUCAUCUUUACACAGAAGCCCGGGGAAUGGUCACCACCUUGCGGUAACCUCUUGGGAAAUAUGACGGACGAGUUGGAGUGUUAUGGGUCCGACAGUAGAAUCGUGGAGUUUGUGAGUGGUGGACCCAAAAACUAUGCCUAUAAAGUGUUUUCCCCCCGUGACAAUAAACAUAGUGUACUGUGGAAAGUUAAGGGCAUCUCCCUAAACUAUAAGAACAGUGAGGUGGUUAAUUUCGAAACAAUCAAGGACUCGGUGUUGAACAAUACCCCAGAGACUUUUGUGAAAACGGACCGUCGAAUAGCUCGCACGUGUACAUAUGAAGUCAUUUUCAAACCGGAGAGGAAGAAGUACCGUGUUCAGUACACGAAACGACACCGCUUAGAUGUAGACUACGCUACUUUGCCGUACGGCUAUAGAACCUAA